GCAGUGGGCAGUGUGCGCCCUGCACGGCGGCACCGGACUCCUCACCGCGCGCUUUACCGGGAUUCCUCUCACUCCUGCGGACCUAAACCCCUCCGGACCAUCCUCUAUACCGACCAUACCGUACUCUCCCCCCACUGCGGGGCCCCGCUUGAGGAUAUUUUGGAUUUUUGGGCUGGUUUUCUUGUUGAAGCGCAGCAUGGCGGAGACGGAAAAAGAGAGCAGCAGAGCUCCGGAAAACAAGCGGAGCAGGAAACCCGCUCACCCCGUCAAGCGCGAGAUCAACACCGACAUGAAGAGUUUUGCUGAGAACACCAUGAACGAGCUGCUCGGCUGGUACGGUUACGACAAAGUGGAGUUACGAGACUCGGACGAUCUGGAGAUACGCAAUUAUCCGGAUGGAGAAAUCCGCCAACACAUCUCUGUACUGAAAGAAAAUUCUUUGCCAAAAGCCUCGUUGCCCGAGAGCAGUGCUUCUCCACCUCACGCUAACAGCUCUGCUUCAACCCCAACAUCACGCAACAGCGUUGCCACGGAGACACCUGCGCACCACAACUCCUCCUCUUCCUCCACAACAGUUGCCAAGGAGCAAGGGGGCCUGCCAAUCAUCGUACCCUUGAUCCCACCCCCACUCAUCAAACCACCAGCAGAAGAGGAUGUAUGUAACGUUCAGAUCGUGUGUGCAUGGUGUCAGAAGGUGGGUUUAAAGCGUUACUCUCUCAGCAUGGGCUCCGAACUCAAGAGCUUCUGCAGCGAGAAGUGUUUCGCCGCCUGCCGCCGCGCCUACUUCAAACGCAACAAGGCCAGAGAGGAGGAGGCCUCAAUGCAGCACAGCACAGAAACGUCCAGACUUGUCCUCAAGACACACAGCGAUGCGCUUGUGUGUGAUUGGUGCAAGCACAUCCGCCACACUAAGGAGUACCUGGAUUUCGGCUCAGGUGAGAGGCGACUCCAGUUUUGCAGCGCCAAAUGUUUAAACCAAUACAAAAUGGACAUCUUUUACAAAGAGACCCAAGCGGCCCUGCCUGGUGGACUCAUUAACCCUGUGUAUCCAGCCGGAGAAGGGAAAAUUGAAGCCAACACCGGGGUGCAACUCCUGACCCCUGAAUCCUGGAAUGCUCCUUCAAGUGAAAUCAGACCUCGCAAGGCACCAUCACCAGGAGGUGCUAUGUCUGGAGCUGGACACUCCGGAUCAGCAUCUGUUUCUCCUUCAGAUUUCAGUGCCGCAGGUUCAGCAUCAUCAUCGUCAUCUUCAACAAAAAUCCCAACACCAAGGCCACACGACAGUCCAACGUUACCCCCACCACCGCCUCCUCCUCCACCCCUUGCACCAGGAAUCCACCCUCCAAUGGGUGUGGUGCCAAAUGGAAGUCCUCCAAUGGUGAUGACCCCUCGUGGUCCGAUGCCUUUCCCCUACUUUAUGGAGCAUCAAAUGAUGCAGCAAAUCCGCCCUCCAUUUCUGCGUCCUCAAGGCCCCAACAGUCCGCUUCCAAAUCCCAUGAUUCCUGGAAUCGGGCCACCUCCUCCCCCUCGGACACUGGGUCCCCCAUCGAGUCCUAUGCAUCGACCUAUGCUUUCACCCCAUGUCCACCAUUCUUCCACUCCUACUUUACCGGGUAACCCUCACGGAAUGAUGCCCCAUCAUCCAGGUGCCCACAUUCCUGGAUUCCCCUUUCCCCCAGUUAAUGUCAUGCCAACUGGGCCCAUUCCAAUGCCACCCAUGAUGAACUUUGGCAUGCCAUCACUGGCACCCUUAGUGCCCCCUCCCAUGCUCUUAGUGCCGUAUCCCGUAAUUGUGCCAUUACCAGUGCCGAUACCCAUCCCUGUCCCCAUCCCAAUCAGUCCAAAGGCAUCAGGUGACCGAUCAGGGAAUGCUGAUGGAAUGCUACCCGGGGAUGUUUCCGGGGAGCACAGUGACUCACAGGACUCAUCCUUUUCUCCCAGUUCAUCGAGAGGAGAGGGAGCUCUUAAGCAGAGUUCUUCAAGCUCAGACGUGGUUUCUCCAGGCAUUUCCAGCCAGUUGGAACGACACAAUAUGAGCUUAAUAAAAACAGAAAAGCCAGAAAACAAAAGUUCUGGUUCAUCAUGUUUGGAAUCUCCAAAAAAAGCACCAGCAAAUGGAAUAAUUGACUUAACAACAAACCGACUAUCACGGCAGCAGGUGGUGAUCAAAAGGGCUGUGCCAUGUGUGCAGGUAAAGCUCGAGCCUGACUUGACUUCACCAACCGGGCUUGCCAUCCCAAGAUUGGGCGAAUGCAAUGUUAAUGAAAGAGACUCUGGCAGCACGAGGUCAACAGAGGACACGCAAAGAAACAGAGACAAAGUAAUAGAUGUUAAAAGCCCAAUGAACAUCACUCUACCCUGUGUUGACCCUUCCUUUUGUAGUGCCACACCUCUACUGUCUCAACCAAUCACGUGCAGCCUUUCUGUUCCGUCGUCCAGCAUCUCCAUAACAAAAGCAGAACCAGGAUCUGCUACACCCUGUAACGUGAUUGUCAAUGGUAGCUCCAACAUGCAGCCUACAAUCAAGACACCCCCUCCAGAACAACGGCCCCUGUUAGAACCGAGUCGCAGGACAGCCCUACUUUGUGACGAGCCUGCAGAGGGAGAGGACCUGAAGGAAAACACCUGCUCAGCUAUUGACUCAGCUAGGACUUUAUCUGAGCAGGCUGCUGCACCUGUACGUACCGGAGAAGAAAAACCCCAAGAGGAAGAGGAUGUAGCAUCCGGAGCAGAUCAUGCCUAUGCCCUGCCCCUCAUGCCUAAACCGGGCUGCGUCAUUCAGCCCGUGCCAAAACCAGCAGAGAAGACGACGGCCAUUUUGCCAUGUGGCUUGGAAGCUCCCUUAACAGGGGCAGGAGCGGCAGAUCUGGAGCCGCCGUUAAAAAGGAGGUGUUUACGCAUUCGCAACCAGAACAAGUGAAGAGUAAAAGAAGAUGCAGAUGCAUUUAUCUCACCAGAACAAGAGGACAGCACUGUAGCAGAGACCAUCAGUUCAUCAAUCAACAUGUUGGCAAUCUUCUUCUCACCUUCAUAAACUAUCUACACUACCCCACACAACCAGUCACACAUGCAAAUACAUGUGGUUUCCACUUACUCCCUCAAAAGGGUUAUGUUCCCACGAAUCCCUGGACAACAUUUUUGGACUUUCCCUCUCCUGAUUGUAAAGAGUCAUUUAAUGUCAAGUCAGGUCCUCUACCAGGUUUGUAAUCUUUAAGGAGGUGUCUCCCCCUACAGGACUGGUGUAGCGCCGCAGUGCUGAGGACUGUAAUGUACAUAAAUAUCUGUAAACAGGCCAAAACAUGGAUGAUUCAGCCAAAAUAGCAAUCAUCAAAGGUCCACUGGACUGCCAAGCAAAUCUGCAAGUAAUAGACAGGUUUGGCUCCUGAAAGGGCCUAGAAGUGGACCGUAAACAUGGUCUCAAACAUAAAGCCUGUUGUGCCCACAAAUGAUAGUGUUUCGUUUUAGUGUUUUGACAAAUCAGGUGGCAGAAGGAGAGCUGGAGCUCUGGGUUGCCAAUGGAGCCACAUGUUAGAUUGACUGAGUGCCAAGAAAAUGAAUAAAGGAGGUCAGUAUGACAUCUCA